CUGUCGUUCCUGGCCCACCCUUCACGGUGCAUGGUGUGCUAGUGACAGUGGCCCUGGCAUGUGAUAGACAAUGGCACUAAGGUCUGGCCUUCCCCUGCACCCAGCAUGUAGCCACCUUCGUGCAUGAGUGACUCCCACUUACUCCUUGUUCUGCCUCCAUGCGACAUGUUGCUCGUGACCAACUAAAAUGGGCACAGGCUGCACUUGGCUGUGGGGAGAGGGGCCCAUGUCCCGCCACUCCUCUGCCAUGCUCCUGACCCCUUUCCUGAUUGCCAUGGCAAUGGCUUUCUCUGAGGCCAGCGCCAGCUGCCCCGUCCUCUGCACCUGCCGCAGCCAUGUUGUGGAUUGCAGCGGGCAGCGGCUCUUCUCAGUGCCCCCCGACCUGCCCCUAGACACCAGGAACCUGAGCCUGGCACAUAACCGCAUCACCACCAUCCCGACGGGCUACCUCACCUGCUAUGGUGAGCUGAGGGUGUUGGACCUAAGGAAUAACUCCCUGGUGGAGCUGCCCGCCGGGCUCUUCCUGACUGCCAAGCGGCUGGCCCACCUGGACCUGAGCUACAACAACUUCAGCCACGUGGCCGCUAAUAUGUUCCAAGAAGCCAACAGUCUGGUGAGGAUCGACCUGAGUCACAACCCGUGUCUGCGAAAGGUGCACCCCCAGGCUUUCCGGGGGCUAGCCCAGCUACGUGACCUGGAUCUCAGCCAUGGGGGGCUGUCCUUCCUCAGCCUGGAAGCCCUGGAGGGUCUCCCGGGGCUGGUGACCCUACAGAUCGGGGGCAACCCCUGGGUUUGUGGCUGCACCAUGGAGCCGCUCCUGAAGUGGCUGAGGAAUCGUAUCCAGCACUGCACCUCAGAUUCCCAGCUGGCCGAGUGUCGUGCCCCACCCGAGGUGGAGGGAGCCCCCUUGUUCUCACUGACAGAGGAGAGUUUUAAGGCCUGCCACUUGACCUUGACGUUGGACGAUUAUCUCUUCAUUGCCUUCGUGGGCUUCGUGGUCUCUAUUGCCUCCGUGGCCACCAAUUUCCUGCUGGGCAUCACUGCCAACUGCUGUCACCGCUGGAGCAAGGCCAGCGAGGAUGAGGAGAUAUAGGUGCACGCUCCUGGCCACAGUGCCCUUCCCCCAACGGCUGGGGAGAUGCCGUUGAGAGCUGGGGCUGGCUGGCUGUGCUCCACCACGAUUCAUGCCUGGUGCUGUCACAAGCUGCUCCAUCCUCUAUCCGCAGCUGCAGCCGGCUGGGGAUACUAACUCAUCUCUGAUCCCAGUCCCUUCUGAUCCCCCAGCUGCUGUGCCCAGCGGGGCAAGGCCUGUGAGGCAAGGAGAUCUAGCCGUGCCUUGUACUAGCCUCUUCACACUGCCGGCGGCAUUGGAGACAGCCAACGAGCCAAGGCCCAACGCCACUCGCAACAUGGAUGGGCUGCCACAACCCAUGUCAGUCUCCAGUUCUCUUCUUCAUCAUGUUCUGCACACUCAUAUGCAAAAUCCACCUCCGCACAUGCCCCCCCUUCUGUGCCAGCUCUUGCACCACAUCUCACUAGCAGCCUAAAACGAGGAGUUGGGCGGGGGAAGGGAAUGUAUAUGGCAAACGUCAAGUGGAUUUGCAACAGCCGUAGCUCUCCAGGGUUGGACAGCUAUAGCCCAUCAGUUCUGUUUGCGGCUGUAGGGACUGCGGCCAGGGACACUGUGGUAUCCAGAGUUGUAGUACUAAUACGAGGCCUGAGAUGUGGCAUCUCUGAGGGCCAGAAAGGCAGGUUUAACUCUGAGGAAUGGCCCCACCACUGAGACGUACCGUUGUAUGGUUGGAGGAGAUGUCAGAGCAAGGGUCUGCUGUUUUCUAAUUGGUCCUUGGCUAGAUGGCCAUUGGUGUUGAGGGAGAUCUGCCUGUGCAUGGUUCUCUAGAUGCAGAGUUGAGUUGAGAAGUCAAUAGGUCAGUGGGACACUAGAGUUUGAACUUGGUCUGUCGCUCAAGACUAAGGGUCAGGGCAGGGGUGAGGUGUACUGGCAAACCUGAGGGGGAAGUAUGAGAUGGAGUAACAGGGAGGCUGUGGGUUAGGACUGAAGGAUGUCAGCAGAACUGGUGGGGGACCCCAAGGCUGGGACAGCAGGGGGGCCGUGGGUUGGGAUUGAGGCACAGUAACAGAGCUGUGGAUGAAAGGUAUCAGCAAAGCUGAGGGUUGGGGGGAGACCAGCACUGGGACAGCAGAGGGCUGCAGGUCAGGCCUGAUGGGCAUCACCAGAGCAGUGUGUGAACGGGAAGCCCAGGAGUGGAAUAGCAGGGGGACUAUAGGUCAGGAUAGAAGGGGAUUAGCAGAGCUGUGGGGGAAGCCCAGAGCACUGGAAUAGCAGGCAGGGUGCAGUUGGGAUUCAGGGGUAUUGGCAGAGCAGGGGGACGAGAACUUGGGAUAGCAGGGGGGCUGCAGGCUAACACUGAGGGACAUGAGCAGGGCCUAGGAUUCGACUAGAACGCUGUGCCCCAGAGGAGGAUUAUGGUGCAGUCUCAGGGCUGGAACAGCAGGUGGUGCUGCCGGUCAGGUUAUAAAAGUGCUAUGACAGUGCGAGGGGCUACUCUGUACUGGUGCUACCCAAGUAGCUCUAGCUGGAGUGCUCUAUUUCUCCCCAUUGUGGACAUUAAAAUCACAGAUUGAAAAACAAACAUGCUUUUAAAAAGAAAGCGAGAGACCAUCUGCUCUGCCCUAGCAACUGCUCCGCUUAGUCCGUCUGUCUCCACCUGCCUGGAGCAUCUGGCAUUAGCUCCCCAACCCAUCCCUCCGCAGUGGGUAAGUGGUUAUUAGCCUCGCAUUACAGCUGCGGAAACUGAGGUACUGAGCGAUUGGCAUGACUUUCCGAAGGCCACAUGGGCAUAGGCGGGGGGAGAACCCACGAUGCCCAGCUCCUGCCAUGCUAACCCCAGCACCCGCAGCCACCCCCCAGUAACAUAUCUAAGAACUGGAUCGACGCGACCAAGAGCAUUUGGGGACAAUGGCUCAUUUUUGGGACUCGCUCCACCCAACAUCAGCUGCCACUGGCGAAGUUGGAUGUAACUUUUCUUUCGGAAGGACAAUGCAAAUAAAGGACACUAUAGCCAA